AUGGCUCUAAAAUUACACUCUAUCGAACAUGACGACGAUACCCCCGACCAAAAGACCGGAAGGAGCGGCGACAAGUCCAAGUCAAAGGUAACACCGGGUUGGAAAUCUCUCUUCCAUUUUACGACCCGCAAAAAUCUACCGAGUGUCGUCGUUGGCUCGAUAUUCGCCCUACUCGCAGGAUGCGCGACAACGGCCCUGGCGAUCUUCCUGGGAGACGUGUUCAAUGCUUUUACGGCUUUCGGAUCAGGAGAUAUAGACUACGAUGGACUGCAUGGCAAGAUACUGACUGGCUGUCUGGGAAUGAUCGGUUUGGGGGCAGCAGGGUGGUUUCUCAACGGAGCAUAUUAUGCAGCUUUCAUUAUAUUUGGAGAACUGCAGGCGUCGAACGUCCGUCGAGACGUUUUCGUCGAGUUAUUGACUCGGGAUAUGGAAUGGUUUGAGGCGCAGGAGGAAGGAUCCGGCGCUCUACUUUCUGGCAUCCAAGCCCAGAUCCAAGACUUGAAAAUAGCGACGUCACAACCACUCGGACUUCUGCUCCAAUACUCAUGCCGAUCGCUAGCGUCACUUGGGCUAGGAUUUUAUACAUCAUGGAGUCUUUCACUCGUGACACUUGCAGGAUUUCCAGUCUUCUCAAUGAUAAUUGCGUUUCUGUCCACAAGAAUGAAGUACAGCAUCGUUACACAGCAAGCAGAGCUUACACAAGCCUCGAAAAUCGCGAACAAUGCGAUAUCCUCGAUCGAUACUGUGAAAUGUUUGAAUGGCCAGGAGUUCGAAGUUCAGAACUUUGCGAGCAGAAUUCAGAAAUCGGCGGUCCAUUACCUCCGACAAGCGAGAUUGAAUUCACUACAGAUUGCAUUCAUUCGGUGGAUGGUUUUCGGGAUGUUCGUUCAAGGCUUUUGGUACGGGAGUUCUCUUGCCCGAGCUGCAAAGCUAUCCCCAGGAGAGGUUCUGAGGACAUUUUGGGCUUGUCUGACGGCAGCACAGUCGAUCGAGCAAGUUCUUCCGCAGAUGAUUGUUAUCGAGAAGGGAAAAAUCGCGGGCGAACUUCUCAAGUCGAUAAUACAAACUCGUGCGAUGGGUCGGAGGAAGAGUGAAUUGAAAGGUUCUUUGUACCCACUUCAUUGCGAAGGAGAUGUUGAGGUAUCAUUUGCAUAUCCAAGCCAGCCCGAAACCUGUGUUCUUCAGCCAUCAACAUUCUUCUUUCCUGCGGGUGAAACGACCUUCGUCAUUGGGAAAAGUGGAUCGGGCAAAAGCACACUUGGCCAGCUCCUGAUGCGCUUCUACCUUCCAACAUCAGGAGAGAUAUUAAUUGACGGAAAGCCACUCAAUGAAAUCAAUGUCAGCUGGACCCGCAACAACAUCACUCUUCUGGAACAAAAAGGCGUCUUAUUCAACGACUCUGUACUCCGAAACAUUGCAUUUGGCAGCAAGAACCACCAAGAAGUCACAGGAUAUGAUGCUGAAGCUGCGAUUGACAUGGCCAUGCUUCAAAGUACCAUUGACAGCCUACCCCAGGAACUGGAUACUUGUGUCGGACCGGGCGGAAGCUUUCUGAGUGGCGGCCAGCGGCAAAGGGUGGCCAUAGCCAGGGCAAGACUACGUGAUACGCCGAUUCUGAUACUGGAUGAACCGACCAGUGCACUCGAUGGAACCAAUCGCUUAGCUAUAAUGAAAACAAUAAGGGAAUGGCGGAGAGGAAAGACUACAAUUAUCAUUACGCAUGAUAUGUCGCAAAUUCUUGAAGAUGACUUUGUUUAUGUACUGGAACAAGGAUCUAUUGCUCAUUCAGGCUAUCGCCAAGAGAUAGAGAUGCAGCCGGGAGCGGAAAAUUACUUCCAAUCAAAAGAGAAAAAUCACAGGAAGAACGAGAAGAAGUUCGAGCGACAUAGGAGUGAAGCCUCAAGCUUUUACCAAGAAGAUUCGGACGAUGGCUUGGGGGACUUGCCAGAUUUGCCGCCGCAGGCUCGUCAAGAAAACAGACAGACGUGGGCGCAGCAUCACUUACCGCCAGGUCUCCGGUCAAGUACAAUAGAUGUAGCGUCUAGAAAGCACGGCGUCUCUCUAAGUCGACCUAAUGAGUCAACAAGGACCAGCCCCAACACUCGGAAAAAGCGAAUUUCUCGUAAUCCAAGGGUAGCUCAAGCGCCUGAAAGAACCCAGCUUCCAUCCCAAGGCUGGUUGAAGUCAUUGCAGGCAACACCCGAAGAAGUUGAGAUGGGAGAAAUACAGAUUCAUUUCCCCGACAUCGACAGAGUGCAUGAAAUGUCGAAUGAAGAUGAUUCACAGGUUCCGGACCAGCCCCAAGAAACAAAACGCCAGAGGAUUUCUCACGGGCUGUCUCUCCGGGAGCGUAGGAUAUCACGGUCAUCGAAGAAGGAGAAGCCAACUCCCCUGUCCCAAAUCAUGGGAACAGUAUUCCCAAACUUGACAAGGAAGCAGCGAGUCGUUCUUAUUCUGGGAAUUCUCUCUUCAUUGGCCCAUGCCAGUGCGACACCGAUCUUCUCAUUUUGCCUUUCGAAGCUAUUUACCACGUUCUAUGCCGGGAGCGACAGCGCCAGACUGUCUAUGGUUUGGUCUUUAGCGGUCCUAGGGGUAUCUUUCGGAGAUGGCCUGGCAUCAUUUUUCAUGCACUAUUUCCUGGAGUUUUCGGGGGAGGCCUGGAUGGAUACUAUCCGCAACCGCGCAUUUAAGCGGAUCCUGGAUCAACCACGAGCAUGGUUUGAGAAUGAAGGAAAUAGCGCCUCGAGACUUACGGCAUACUUAGAUCAAAACGGCGAGGACAUGCGCAAUCUACUCGGCCGCUUUGCUGGGUAUGUCAUUGUGGCGGCUUCAAUCACCGUGAUGGCGAUCGUCUGGAGCCUGGUAAUGUGCUGGAAGCUAACACUGGUGGCCCUUGCCUGUGGGCCUUUCAUUUAUGCAAUUACUCGGGGAUUUGAAGCUACGAAUGGCGUAUGGGAGCGACGGACAAAUGCGGCGAAUAAUCUUGUGUUCGACAUUUUUACAGAGACAUUCUCGGAGAUCCGAACCGUUAGGACGCUGACGCUUGAGGGCUACUUUCAUCAUAAGUAUACGCAAGCUACGUCGCGAUCUUUGACUGUUGGGUUGAAACGUGCAGUGUAUACUGGCAUGCUUUUCGGUAUGGUCGAGUCUACUGUGAUUUUUGCGAACGGCUUGCUCUUUUAUUAUGGUGGAGUACUCGUGGGGUAUGAGUAUACUGUCAACCAGGUGAUGAUGGUUUUCUCGAUGCUCCUUUUCGGCAUUGGCUAUGCUGCCCAAAUUCUGUCCUGGAUUCCUCAAAUUAAUACAGCCCGAGAAAUUGCCUCCCAGCUACUCCGACUGGCCAAGUUACCUCGCGAUGAAUCUCAUGAGCACCGUGGCCAUUUGAAGGCCUCCGAUCUAACGCCAAUCAAGUUGACAGCAACGAAUUUUCGGUACCCAUCUCGACCGAAUACUCUAGUCCUCAAGGAUGUCUCAAUAAGCAUCGCUAGGAACUCCUGCACUGCCAUUGUAGGACGCUCUGGGUCCGGUAAAUCUACCAUCGCCUCCCUUCUGCUGGCCUUGUAUGAAGCCCCGCUUGAUCGAUCAGGUCGGCCUACAGUAACACUUGGUGGUCACGACAUUCUGCGACUUCACGUUCCAACUCUUCGGUCACUGAUCGCGAUGGUAUCCCAGCAACCAACUAUCUUCCCAGGAACCAUCCAGGACAACAUCCGCUACGGAAUAAGUGUACGCUCGGUCUUAGCUUCCGAAGGCCAUGUUCGCGAAGCCGCCAAAGCCGCCGGCAUUGACGAGUUCAUCUCCUCUCUCCCAAUGGGAUAUUCCACCGUGGUGGGCGACGGUGGGGUAGGCCUUUCAGGUGGACAGAAGCAGCGCAUCGUAAUCGCGCGUGCUCUACUUCGCCAGCCUCAAAUUCUCAUUCUCGACGAAGCCACCUCCAGUCUCGAUCCUGCUGGGGCACGGAUCGUUCGGGAAACGAUUGAUCGACUCGUAGCCACGCGGAACAAUUUGACAGUGAUUUUCAUCACUCAUUCCAAGGAGAUGAUCGAGAAUGCGGACCAUAUUAUUGUGCUUGACGAUGGCGUCGUGGUCGAAGAAGGGCCUUACCGACCUCUUUCCCAACGUGUUGGGGGCAAAUUGUACGAUCUGAUUCAUGAUCCCAAAGGGGAAUCGGAAUAA